UUGUGGGAUUCCGUGAGUUGAGUGUGAUGAUGAGGUCGCUUUGGAGGAGGGUGUGCGGAAGGUGGAGCAAACAGUGAAGGCAAACGGAGCUAUAAGUGAGGGUGAGCAGUGAGAUGAGGGAAAAAUAAAAAGAGUGCAAGUAAAUCAAUUGUGUGUGCCUUCGGUGAGGUUCGAAGGAAAGUGAAAAUUGUCAAGUUCCAAAGUGUUGUGAAGCAGGAAAAGCCUUCGAGCUAAUCGAAAAGGCGAAAAGAGUGGCUAAGCUGGAUGGUAUCAAUAAUGGAAUCAGUGCACGAACCAGUGAAUCGAGCGGAAGCUCCAAAGAAAUUGAUUUCUUAGUUAGAGUACGCGCACAAGUAAUGGCCAGAGAUGAAAGUACUGAGGGUUGGUUACCACUGCAAGGCGGUGGUCUGGCAAAUGUCUCGAUACGCAAACGCGCACGACUGCCACCGGACGGUGGCGGUCACGAAUACAUCAUAUAUGGACAAAGAAUAUCUGACCAAACAGUUAUACUAAGUUGUGUUAUUAAUAGAGAUUUGCAGUACUUUAAGGUAAUGCCUACUUUUCAUCACUGGCGUGCCGGCAAACAGCGGAAUGGGCUUACCUUCCAAACUGCGGCCGAUGCGAGAGCUUUCGACAAGGGAAUCAUUCGUGCCUACGAUGAUCUUAUUGAUGGUAUGGCCGAUUGCACGACGCACAACAAAUACCACGAUAUUGAUAAAGUUGGCGAAGACGACGUGUUUAUGACAUUGGAUCUACCAUUGGAACCUUCUGAGUCGCGAUCGAAUUCUGAGGGCAGCGGCAGUCACCAAAGCGUCGAUAAACAAUCACAGCAGCAGCAAUCCAGUAUUCAAUACAUAUCGAGCGAUAAACCAUCACCUCUGAUAAGGCCUGGUGAUGAUAAAGUUACUCCAAUAGUACCUGGUGACAACUAUUCGUACGUUCAGAUUACUGACCCGGGUGACAUCAAGUUUAAAUAUAACUUUUAUAACUUGAAGGUGCCCGAUUACAACUACCCGGUCGUCGAGGAACCUGGUUCGAUAAUCGGCGGACGGCGAGACUCGACCUCUAGUCUGAAAAAGCGGAACGCUCUCGACACGCCACCCAUGAAGGAGGCCACGCUCAUCAAGACUCGAUUGCGCUGCAGGUAUUGCCAAGAAUUCUACAAUGACGAUCGCAACUACAAAGGCUCGUGCGAUUAUGCGCCAGACUGCUUCAGGACCACCAUCGAGAACAUGUCCGGAAUGUUGUGCGCUCAGUGUAUGCUGUACCACUGUAUGAAAGACUCCGAAGGUGAAACGGCUUCUCAUCCUUGCUCCUGUUCGGUGGAAGCUGGCUGCACAAAGCGGUGGAUCGGUUUGGCUUUGCUGUCGCUGCUGGUGCCCUGUCUUUGGUGCUAUCCACCGAUGCGGGCGUGCCACUGGAUGUGCGUAUCGUGUCGGCUGUGCGGUGGGAAACAUAAACCACAAAUUUGACAUCCGAUCAAAAUCAUCAACCUGACAAGUAUUAAUCGGCUUGACUGAUAGUCUUUGAGCAACUCUCAACACCUGUUCUGAAUAGCAACUAGGAAACAAGGAAAAUAGUGCAGCAACAUAAAAUUCAAACGAAAAAUAAAUAACAAAGGCAACAUGGAAACGUUAAAAUCGGAAAUUCUACCAAAGCGAUAGGGAAAUAGAGCGAAUACAAGGAAGAAAUUAAGAACUAGCAUGAAACCAAAUGCAAAAUGAGAUAGAAAAACAAAAAAAAACAUUCGGUUACACAACAAAUUAAACGAAAAAAACAAUAAAUUAAACGAAAAAAUCGCUACAUGUAGAGAGUGGAAUCAAGUAAAACACACAGAUACACAAACAUUCGUUGAUGUCUAUAAAUCUAUAGCUGAAACCAAAAAAAAAAAAAAAUAAAAAGAAUUAGCAAAAUCAAAACAACUGAAGCCAGAGUCGCUUGCUUUGAGACUCGUAGGCCCGUAGAGACGUAUGACGUGGGAAAGGUAAUCAAAUCUUUAAUAAUAACACAACAAUCAGAUAAUUCAAAUGUGCGCAAAAAAGAAAAUGAAAGCAGCAACAACAGCAACAACAAAAACAACAACAACAAGAAUAACAGUGGCAGCAAACAAAAGCUAAGUAGUUUCGUAAUAAACUGUCGAAAUAAAACGUGAAGGGUUACGCUAACGCAAAAGAAUUAUAAUUUAAUCAACCAUAAAAUUUAUGGUUGGUGCUGACGAGAGACGAAAAAUGCUAACAUGCAAAAAAAUAAUCUAUUCUUGUUUUGUUAUUGUAGCAUGAAAUGAACAAACAAAUAAAAUGUGUGCUAUAUUGAAACAAGGGAAGCAGUUAUUUUGUUUCUUCCUAGUUUUAUUUCUUUUUUCGAGGUAUUACUGUUUAGUUCAAAUAACGUUUAGAUGAUGUCGGUAGACGACGUGUACAUUAUUAUAAUUGGUAGAAAGAGCGAGAGAGAAUUUUUUUUACGAAUUACUAGCGCAUAAGAAUCGUUGUUUGAGAUUUUAUUAUUUUGAGCAGCUCUCUUUGAGGAGUCAGAAUGGUGAGAAAAGGUGAAAUUUAAAACGUUCAACUAUUAUAGUAUAUGACUGUUUAAAUUGUUUCGGAAACAAAUACUAAGAAAAGAGAUGAAACAUUAGUUCAACGUUUAUGAAUUUGUUGAAUAUUUACUAGUUUUAUCCAUUUUGAUUUAUCGAAUGAAACGCAGCGGAUAAAAAAGUAUAUGAUUAAGAAAGUAAAAUAUUAACGCUAUAGUUAUGUAUUUAGAUAAUAUAUAACAGUGUAUAUUAUAAUAACAGUAAAAAAGGUACAUAAAACUGAGCAGUUUAAGGAGACGAACUCUACUUUAAGAUUCAUUAGUGCAUAAAUCUAACCAGUAUAGCAGGAAUCUUGUAAAACCAAAAGCUGACUUUCCAAGUUUCCCAACUGAGGAUCGUGAGCUGUGCUCAACGAUUUCAGUAUUUUUGAAACGAACUAUAUCGAUUGCACCUUCAAUAGCGAAUUGUACUUCUGUAUCAGAAGGAACCUUUGAUGCGAUAAGGCAUUCCGAGCAUUCUUUAAAUUUACUUCGAAUGAAAUUGUCAUUGGAAGGUGCACUUUCGUUGCACCCGUAACCAUUCUGUGCCAUAUGGAUGCCUUCCUCGAUCAGACGUUCCACAAUACUGCUACUACGUGCACUCGGUUUAGAGUCAUUUCAAUCUACCAAGGGAAACCUGAGCAAGCAAAGCCAUCGUUUCUAAAAUCAGUGGAGAAAUAAGUAACGUUGUAAUUAAUUUAAA